GUCUAGCAACUACAGUCCAACAGUUGUGUAUAUGACACCGGCAGGAGAAGGAAAAAUCUUAUCAUCUGCAGAUGGGUAGCCUCUCGCCAUGGGGACAGUUCUCCCUGGUCCCAUUUCUACUGUUACAGUUCAUGCUUCACGUGUCCUAUGGCUGCUCCGUGGAGGAGAGGGCUGCACUACUGGAGAUCCGGUCUUCUCUGAUGAGAGCGCACUCCCUGGAGGUGCCUGAUUCAUGGAGGAAGGAUGAUCAUGAUUGCUGCUCGUGGAAGCAUGUCAAAUGCAACAAUAGAACACAGCGAGUGUCCCAUCUUGACCUUUCCUCUGUAUAUGCAACAACAGAGGGAGAUGGCCAUUGGUUUUUGAACUCGACUGUGUUUUCUGUAUUCCAUGAGCUUCAGUACCUAGAUCUAUCAUACAAUUCCCCUUGUUCCUUAAGCUUGAAAGGAUUAGUUGGGUUAGCCAAGCUUCGAUAUCUCGACCUCAGUGGCACUAUGUGGGGAGUGGGUUUCCCAGAAUUUAUCGGAGAAAUG